AUGGCUACCAAGAACGCCAAGAUAUUGCCAUAUGUGAACCUCACUCAGAAGUUGUGCAAGAAGUUUAAGAAAAUUGAUUUCAAGCAUACUCCGACGACUGAAAAUGAGUUCGCUGAUGCUCUUGCUACUAUAGCAUCGAUAAUAAAACAUCCUGAAAGCAGUCACAUUGACCCGCUGGAGGUAAGUUUAAAAGAAGAACACGCUUAUUGUUCCCAUGUGGAAGCAGAGCCCGAUGGCAAGCCAUGGUAUAUUGACAUAAAGGUAUAUCUGAAAAAGGAGUAUAUCCCGAGAACACCUCGAGCAACCAAAAGAAAACUAUCCGGAGAAUGGCCAAUGGAUUCUUCCUGA